AUGUCAUUGAUCAGUAGGUACAAGCUUUUGGAGUCAAAAUUAGAAUCCACACUUAAGAAGUCUCUCGAAAUAAAAGAAGAAAAAAUUGCUGCUUUGGAGGCUCGUUUAGAAGAAUCAACAAAUUUAAACCAGCAGCUCCGUCAGGAACUUAAAACAGUGAAAAAGAACUAUGAAGCUCUCAAGCAAAGACAAGAAGAGGAAAGGAUGGUUCAGAAUUCUCCUCCAAGAAGUGGGGAAGAAAAUCAGUCUGUCAAUAAGUGGGAGAAAGAAAAUCAGGAAACUACUAGAGAAUUACUGAAAGUUAAAGAUAGAUUAAUCGAAGUGGAAAGGAAUAAUGCUACGCUGCAGGCAGAGAAGCAAGCACUGAAGACACAAUUAAAGCAACUUGAGACACAGAAUAGCAAUCUGCAGGCUCAGAUUCUUGCACUUCAGAGACAGACUGUUUCUCUACAGGAACAAAAUACAACUCUACAAACUCAAAAUGCCAAGCUGCAGGUUGAAAAUUCCACCCUUAAUUCUCAAAGCACAUCUCUUAUGAAUCAGAACGCACAACUGUUGAUCCAGCAGUCAUCUUUAGAAAAUGAAAAUGAAUGUGUACUCAAGGAACGUGAGGAUCUGAAAUUGUUGUAUGAUUCACUUCUCAAAGAUCAUGAAAAACUGGAACACCUGCAUGAACGCCAAGCUUCUGAGUAUGAAUCUCUGAUUGCUAAACAUGGAAGUCUUAAAUCUGCACACAAAAAUCUGGAGCUGGAGCAUAAGGACUUAGAAGAUAGGUACAACCAGUUGCUGAAACAGAAGGUGCAGCUGGAAGAAUUGGAGAAAGUACUCAAGAUAGAACAGGAGAAAAUGCUGCAGCAAAAUGAAAGACAUGAAACUGUAGCAGCAGAGUAUAAAAAACUUCGUGAUGAAAAUGAAAGGCUUACUCACACAUACAGUCAGCUCUUGAGAGAGAAUGAAGUUCUCCAAACUGAUCAUAAGAAUUUGAAAACAUUGUUGAACAAUUCCAAACUAGAACAAACACGGUUAGAAGCUGAGUUUUCUAAACUCAAAGAACAAUACCAACAACUGGAUAUUACAUCGACAAAACUAAAUAAUCAAUGUGAGCUGCUUAGCCAGCUUAAAGGAAAUCUGGAGGAGGAAAACAGACAUCUACUAGAUCAAAUUCAGACAUUAAUGCUACAGAAUAGAACAUUACUUGAGCAGAAUAUGGAAAGCAAGGAUCUCUUCCAUGUAGAGCAAAGGCAGUACAUUGACAAGCUAAAUGAAUUAAGGCGACAGAAGGAGAAAUUGGAGGAGAAGAUAAUGGAUCAGUAUAAAUUUUAUGAACCAUCUCCGCCAAGAAGAAGGGGCAACUGGAUUACUCUGAAAAUGAGGAAGCUGAUAAAAUCUAAGAAGGAUGCUAAUCGAGAACGCUUGAAGUCCGUGACCCUUACGCCUACCCGUUCAGAAUCCAGUGAAGGAUUUCUUCAGCUGCCCCACCAUGACAGUCAGGAUAGUUCCUCUGUGGGCUCGAACUCUCUUGAAGAUGGCCAGACCUUGGGGACCAAAAAGAGUAGUAUGGUUGCACUGAAAAGACUGCCCUUUUUGAGGAACAGACCGAAGGAAAAAGACAAAAUGAAGGCCUUCUACCGUCGCUCCAUGUCCAUGAAUGACCUGGUGCAGUCCAUGGUCCUAGCAGGAGGACAAUGGACAGGUAGUUCUGAGCAUCUGGAGGGUCCUGAUGAUAUAUCUGCGGGUAAAAGGAGGAAAGAAUUGGGAGCUAUGGCCUUCUCUACUACAGCUAUCAACUUUGCAACUGUCAACUCUUCUACAGGCUUCAGAUCCAAGCAGUUGCUAAAUAAUAAAGAUACUACAUCCUUUGAAGAUGUAAGUCCACAAGGUAUUAGUGAUGAUUCUAGUACAGGAUCAAGAGUUCAUGCUUCCAGACCAGCCAGCCUUGAUAGUGGCAGAACGUCCACUAGCAAUAGCAAUAACAAUGCCUCACUCCAUGAAGUCAAAGGUGCAGUUAACAAUCAAAGCAGGCCGCAGAGUCACAGCAGCGGAGAAUUUAGUCUGCUACACGAACAUGAGGCUUGGUCUAGUAGCAGCAGCAGUCCUAUUCAGUAUUUGAAAGGUCAUACGAGGUCCAGUCCUGUGCUCCAGCAAAGAACGUCUGAAACACUGGAUAGUCGUGGAAAACAGAGCAAAACUGGUUCUCCUGGAAGUGAAGUUGUUACCCUACAACAGUUUUUAGAAGAAAGCAACAAGAGUACCUCAAGUGAGAUGAAAUCUGCAAGUGAAGAGAAUCUUUUAGAUGAAGUCAUGAAAAGCUUAUCUGAGUCUGCAGAGCUGACAGGAAAGGAAAAGCUAAGAAAACAGCCGUCUGCCGGUUGUGGUAUUGUGAGGUCGUUAAGCGUAAAAAAUACAGUUGAUUUCUCAGAUGGACGAUCCAUUAAACCAGAACAAUUUGUAAGGCCCAGCCUUCGUAGAACGGAAGACACCUACUUUACUAGUUCUCCGAUAAAAUUUACGUCAGGCGCUCAAGGGAAGGCCAAAUCGGUUAAAGAAAAGAUACAAGCAACUGUAUCACAGCGACAAUCAAGAGAUUGCAAUCCUUAUGCUACCUUACCUCGUGCAAGCAGCGUGAUUUCUACGGCAGAAGGAACUACUCGAAGGACAAGCAUUCACGAUUUUUUGUCUAAGGACAGCAGGCAACCUGUAUCAGUUGAUCCAGCACCAUCCACCGCCGACAGAAGUGUUCCAUCAACCUCUAAUGUGGAAGCUAUCCCAGAAAGCAGAAAUUCAAAAAGCAGGUCUAGGGAGCAACAAAGCUCCUAAUUCUAUUACCCACUACAUGAGAUGUGGGCCAAGUGAGAGAAAAGUGUCCUUCAGUAUCUCAGUAUGAAGCCUUUAUAUCUGAAGUAACAAGACAGCGACUGUAGGAAUCAUUAAUAAAAAUUAAGGGAAUUUUUUACAUUCUUCGUGACUAGAGCAGGCAAGAAAUAAAAACCUACCUACCUUCCUUCCUUCCUUGAAUCAAGGAGCUCUACUGGAGUCUACUGCCGAAAAUUUGUAGAUGGUCUUAGGAAUUAUUGCACAUUGCACUGUUAAGAUCUACUGAAUAAAGGACAGUUCUCAUCUCCCUAAGGACCAAGAAUUUUAAGGUCUCAAGAAUUACUCCAGGGAAAAAAA